AUGGACCAUGAAGAUCAAAUUGAGAAGAUUCUCGCUGGUCUUCCUGAAGAUUACAAACCGGUGAUUGAUCAGAUUGAGAGCAAAGAUUCUCCCCCUACCAUAACCGAAGUUCAUGAACGUCUCCGCAAUCGCGAAGUCACUCUCCGUGCUGCUGCCACCACUACCCCAUUUCCGACCUCUGCUAAUACUGUUCAGUACCACCGUAGAGGUGACUAUAACAACAACAAUACUCACAACAACAACUCUCGCAACAACACUCGUUCCUCGUCGUCAUCUUUCCGCUCCAACAACAACAACCACAACAACAACAACAAUUGGCAAGGUAACACCAACAACAACACAACUCGCUCAUUCAGGCCCUAUCUCGGCAAGUGCCAAAUCUGUCACACACAGGGACACAGUGCCCGCCGUUGUCCACAACUCCACUCCAUUCAAGCCUCAACUCCACGCAACAACAGCCCAUUUACUCCUUGGCAGCCACGCGCAAACAUGGUGGCUAACAUGUCCUCACCAGCAAUCUUGGAUAGUGGUGCCACUCACCACAUCAUCUCUGAUCUCAACAACCUUACCAUCCAUCAACCAUACAAUGGUGGUGAUGAUCUCACCAUAGCUGAUGGCUCCACACUGCCCAUUACUCAUACGGGUUUAGCGCUACUUCCAACUCAAACUCGCACUCUCAAAUUAGAUAAANCGCUUUGA